AUGCACGCAUCCCUCAAGACGCUCCUGGCCCUGGGCCUCGCCUCGGUCGCCUGCGCCCAGCACACGAAGCAGGAUGACGAGAUGGGUCCCGCCGCCUUCAUGUGGCCGGCCGAUCGAGUAUGGAGCGGAGACAUGGACAACCAGGCGCCCUGCGGUUCAAAGUCUGGUGCUGCCAACAGGACCGAAUUCCCCUUGGUGGGCGGCAAAGUGGCCCUCGUUGCUCAGGAUGACUACUACAACAGCAAAAUCUCCAUCUCGUACAAGAACGACCCAACCUCCAACAGCGACUUCACAACCCUCAUCGAGGAACAAUCCGUCUCGGACCUGAACCCAGGCCACACCUGCGUCAACGUCCCCAACCCGCCCGCCUCCGUAGCCGCAGGCUCCAACGCGACCCUCCAAAUCAUCUACCGCGCCGACUGGGACGCCCCGCACAAUCAGACCUUUUACGCCUGCGCCGACAUCACCUACGUCGAGGCCGCCACCUUUACCACCCGCAUCCCCUGCUUCAACGCCACCGAGCCGGGCGAGGACGACAUCCCCGCCACGGCGUCGCCCUCUGCCUCGUCGACGAAUGCUGCUUCCAACUCUGGUUCUGGUAGCGGCGGCGGCGGCGGCGGAAGCAACAAGCUUUCUGGCGGUGCGAUUGCCGGUAUCGUGAUUGGUGUCGUCGCCGGCGUCGGGCUGUUGCUUGGCGCCGCGCUCUUCUUGUACCGCAAGAGCCAGCAGAAGAAGCGCAACUCGAGGCUGGCGCGCAUGGAGGAGAAUGCGAAGCGGUCUGAGCACUACAAUGUCGGUAAGGACUCGACGUCGCAGAAUAGCGUGCAGCUGAACAACCUUCCUUGA